UGUUAGAUUUGGGAGUAGAAGGGUUGCCAAUGUGUCAUGUUGCUUAACAAGUUUCAUGAGAUGAAAUGAGGAUUUAAGCAACACACCUGUGCCAGAUAAACAAGUCUAUGGUAUAUGUAAGAUGUAGGCUUAGAUAUGUCCAAGAAAAGCACCUCCUUGUGAAGCCAGCGAGGAUGCCGGAGGGGUCUGAGGCUGGCCAGGUGCUAAAGGAGGUGCUCCCACGGAAGGGCCUGCUCUAUCAGGAAGACUCUUCCCCACUGGCCUUGUGUCGCCCAAAACUCAUGCCCCUCAAGUCAGUCACGCUGGAGAAGCUGGAGGCUAUGCAAAAGGCUGCACAGGAGAAGGGGCGGCAGCAGCAGGAGGAGCAACUCGAGCGACAGGCUACUGCCCCCGCUGGUGGCUCCAGGAUCUUUUGAUACUCCACAGCCAUUUCAUAUUUUUAUUUCUGUUACUUUUUCUUUCUUUCUUUAUCAUCUCUCUAAAGAUUGUGUUGCAUUGAUUUCCAUGAUUAGUGAAGAGGUUUUUCACAGUGUUAUUGCUGAAAAACUUAUUUAAAAGAAUUAAGGACAAGCACCCAAAUGUGACAAAAAAAAAAAAAAAGACGGCACAUAAAGGAAAACUACACAGUGACA